AUGUCUCGUCCAGAAGACACACUCCCUCCCGACCUCUUCUACAAUGAUUCCGAGUCCCGCAAGUACACUACAUCCUCCCGCAUACAGAAUGUGCAGGUUGAAAUGACCAACCGCGCCCUCGAGCUCCUCUCCCUGCCUUCUCCAUCCCUGGUCCUCGACAUAGGCUGUGGUUCUGGCCUCUCCGGCGAAAUCCUUUCCUCAGUGCCACCAUCGGACGGCGGUCCUCAUAUCUGGGUCGGCAUGGAUAUCUCCGCUUCCAUGCUUGAUAUUGCUUUGCAACGAGACGUCGAGGGCGACCUCCUCCUCGCCGAUAUUGGGCAGGGCGUGCCGUUCAGGGCAGGUACUUUCGACGCAGCUAUCAGUAUCAGCGCCGUCCAGUGGCUGUGCAACGCCGAAAGCAGUGAUACCAGCCCUCAAGCUCGACUUACGCGCUUCUUCAACGGUCUGUAUGCAAGUUUAAGAAGAGGCGGCAAGGCGGUGUGCCAGUUCUACCCGAAGAACGAGGCGCAGAGGGAUAUGGUCAGCGCGGCGGCCAUCAAGGCGGGUUUUGGAGCGGGACUGCUGGAGGAUGGAGCUGCGACGAAGAAUGCCAAGGUCUAUUUGGUUUUGAGUGUUGGGGGUGGGGCCAUUGAGGGAGUGGUCGAGCGCAUGGACGGGGUAGAUGUUGUGGAAAGAGGGAAAACCAACCAGGAAAGGAAAAGAAAAUCGAAUGUGUUAACAAAAGGAAGUAAACAGUGGAUCUUGAGGAAAAAGGAGCAGAUGGAGAGGAAAGGGAAGAUUGUGAAAACCAACUCAAAAUUCAGUGGAAGGAGGAGAAGGAUUGCUUGGUGA